AUGGCGAUAUGUAAAAAAUUUGGAUACCCUGAUUUGUUUAUCACGAUGACAUGCAACACAAAUUGGGCGGAGAUAAAAAACUUUGUUAAGGCUAGAGGCCAAAGAGAUGAUGAGAGGCCAGAUAUCCUUUGUAGAGUCUUCAAGAUGAGGCUAGAUCAACUUAUGACUGAUUUGAAGAAGGAAAAAGUGUUUGGAUACACUGAUGCAGAUAUUGACAUGGCUAUCUCAGCUGAAUUGCCAGAUCCAGAUCUUUAUCCGGAGGACCGCACAAUCAUAGCUGAAGAUGGAUAUCCAAGAUAUAGGCGAAGAAGGAACGAUGUGAAGAUACAGAAGAACGGUAUUGAGAUUGACAACACAGAUGUGGUUCCGUACAACCCCUUUCUUCUAAUGAGGUACAAGGCCCAUAUCAAUGUCGAGUACUGCAACAAGACAAAUGCCAUCAAGUACCUGCCUCCUUGUGAGGCAAUUUGGAGGAUACAUGGAUUCUUCAUUCACAGCAAGUGGCCAUCCGAUUAUACCUUGGAAUUCCAUCUUCCUAAUGACCAGAGUGGAAGGAUAUGGACGUUGAGGAAACAAGGCGUUUCUAUUGGUCGUCUUAGAUAUAUUCCUCCAGACUCUGAAGAGCUGUUUUAUAUGCGAGUUCUACUUACAAUACAAAGAGGAUACACCAGUUUUGAAAGUAUAAGGACCAUUAAAAGGGUUCUAUACAAUUCUUACCAAGCAGCUUGCGAUGCCUUGGGGUUGCUAACUGAUGAUAAAGAGAACGUUGAUGGUAUCACUGAAGCCAAAAACUUGGAUGCUACUAGCUGGCGCCGCUGUAUUCUCUAUGAAAGAAGACGCAGUCUCAGUAUGCCAGAUUUGCGUAUUGAAAGUGAUGAGCUUCAGAAUCUUUGUUUAGUUGAAAUAGAGAAAUUGCUAAAUAAUAAUGGAAGAUUUGUUACAGAAUUUGAAGAUUUCGAACAUCCAGACAAUGCUGAAUUUUCUAAUUAUGAGAAUAAGUUCAUUGUUGACGAAUUGAACUACGACAAGGCUGCCCAAGCGAAGAAGCAUUUGUCAAUGUUAAACAGCCUGAAUGCAGAUCAAAGAGAGCAAGGGAGCCUUAGAGCCAAGCUUCUGCAGCAAACCAGGUUGAUUAUAUGGGAUGAUGCGCCAAUGCUUAAUAGGUAUUGUUUUGAAGCACUUGAUCGAACCCUUCGUGAUUUGUUGGCUGUAAAUGAUCUUGCAAAUGCUGAUAAGCCGUUUGGAGGAAUUGUUGUUGUCCUCGGUGGCGACUUUAGUGUACUAAAGUUGUCUCAGAACAUGAGAUUAACGACUUCUGCAACAUCUGAAGAUGACUUGGAGGAAAUAAGGGAGUUUGCAGAUUGGAUUCUCAAGAUUGGGGACAGCUGUAGUCAAACUAAUGAAUCUGGUGAGUAUGAAGUCACUAUUCCAGAUGAAUUGCUUAUUAAGGAAUCAGGUGAUCCUCUUCAAGAUUUUGCAUAUCCGGAACUCCUUACAAACCUGGAAAAUACUAAAUUUUUUGAAGAACAAGCCAUCUUAUGCCCCACUUUAGAUGGAGUUCAAAUGGUGAAUGAUUAUAUCUUAUCUACCAUACCUGGCCAUGAAACAGAGUAUCUAAGUGCAGACAAAACAUGUAUUUCAGACGAGGAUGCAGAUGUUCCAGGGCUAUGUAAUGGAACAAGGCUAAAUGUGAAGGAGUUGCUGCCAAAUGUAAUUGGUGCCACAAUAAUCACAGGAACUAAUGCUCGGGAAGAUAUUUAG